UCUGUGGGUGUGUGGAGAGGAGGUGUGUGAUUUUACUGUUAUCCAUCGAGGCCGUGUGCGAAUUUUCCAUUUGAUUGUUUGGUUUGUGUGUGUGCUUGUGUUUGUAUGUGCCUGUGUGUCUAGAUGUGUGUUGGUAGAUUUGCUUAUAUGUGUGGCUUGUGCUUGUGUGCUUGUGUUUGUAUAUGUAUGUGUGUCUAGAUGUGUGUGGCUUGUGUGUCUGUGUGCGUGGUAUGUGUAUCUUUUUGCAUUUAAGUUCACUUGUGUGUAAGUACCUGUUUGAAUGUGCACCUGUGUGUUUUUUUGUGUUUGGGUAGGCAUACCUGUGGGUGAGUGUGAGUGCACGUGUGUGUGUGUGUGUGUGUGUGUGUGUGUGUGUGUGUGUGUGUCCUAUAGGGGCACUGUGUGGGUAGGUGUGGGAACACCUGUGUGUGGGAAAGUGUUGACUCUAGGAGUCAACUUGACCAUUGUACCUAAGGUAGCAUUUAUGUUUGUUACCAAUAAUGUUCUCCUGUUGUGAAAAGGAGUGUGCAGAACUUGUAGAUAAUUGUACAGAGUUCGUGGAGGAUUAUGCAGGGCUCAGAUCUAACUCCAGCCUCCUGGAUCCAGAGAGCUUCUACUCGCAGUAUGUGGUCUUGAAGACCAUUGGCAGUGGAGCCUUUGCCAAAGUAAAACUGGCCCACCACCGCCUCACAGGCACCCCAGUGGCUGUCAAAGUACUUCAGAAGAGGAAGAUGUGGUGCUUUGCAGUCAUGAAUGAGGUAAAUAUUAUGAAGCUGAUGAACCACCCCAACAUCAUCUCCCUUCUCCAAGUGAUUGAGGCUGACAAGAGAACGUACCUCAUCAUGGAGCUGUUUGAGGGAAAAGAACUUUAUAAGUACGUCCAAAAGGCUGGCCACCUGCAGGAGGACCAUGCCCGGGGGAUCUUCAGGCAAAUCCUAAGUGCUGUGAGUUACUGCCAUAAGCAGGGAGUAAUUCAUCGGGACCUGAAACCAGACAACAUCAUGGUAGAUGGGAACGGAAAAGUCAAAAUCAUUGACUUUGGCCUUGGCACCCAACUCAAGCCUGGGCAAAAUGUUGGAUUUUUCAUUGGGCCUUAUGCCUUUUGUGCUCCGGAACUCUUACUUGAACUUUGUCAUGGGCCCAAGGCCGACAUAUGGGCCUUGGGCGUGGUCCUAUAUUUCAUGGUGGUCGGAAAACUCCCAUUUUGCGCUGUCAUCUCGCCAGAGCUCAAAAUGCAGAUUGUGAAAGGGAAUUAUACCGUCCCCUUGGGCCUGUCAAAAGAACUCCAGGACCUGCUCAGCCUCUUAAUGAGAGUCAACCCCAAGCGUAGGCCAACAGCAGAUGAAGUGAUGACACACUCCUGGCUUAGGAAAGACACGGAGGCUUCACCGAAUGACUGUGAAGAAAUGGUCCCCAGCUUGCCCGACCCUGCAAUUGUGAAAGCCAUGGAACGGAUUGGGUUCCAAGCCCAGGACAUCAAAGACUCAUUAUGUCACAGGAAAUUCGACCAGACCAUGGCGUCCUAUUGCUUACUGCAAAGGCAGGCUCUCCAGGGGCCUAGCUGCACAACCUCAGCUCAACCCGUGAACCCGGGGUUGGCGCCAUUCCCUUCCCUAGAGGACCUUAUUGCUUUCCCUCUACCACUCAGGAGGAGGAGCAGUGAGCCCACCCUUGGCAUUUUGCUCAGAGGAUCACCCACUAGUGGUCAGUUGUCUGCCUAUGGCCAGCAGGCAGGUCAAAGAGGAGACAGAAGGGCCACAGAGUACGCCAUUCCUCUCCACACGCCACUCCAGAGGACACUCACUUUGGACCAAGACCACCAACGCUCCAAGAGUGCCCCCUGCAUUUACUCAAGGAGUACCAGCAGUGAUAACACAGAAGAUGACUUAUGCCCCCACAGCGCCUCAGCAAAGGGCAAGUCCACCCGAAGCUGGGGCCAGCCUCGAGGCUUGAGGGCAUGGACAAGGGGGAUAGAAGAUGCCAUGAUGAGACUGUGCUGCUGUUGUCCAUCAAGGAAAUCUCACCAGGGGCAGAACAGAGUCUCCCCUCAGAAAUGAGGCACAAGGAGGGUGUCUGGAGAACAAGCAGCAGGCGUGGCCCAGAGUUCUCCGGAGGAUGCAGAAGGCCACCCACAGUUCUGCAGCCGUGGUGUUGGAGAGGACUCAUGUAUGGACCGAGACCUGCAGACGGAACCAUGCAGAAAGCCCAUGAUGUCCUGUGUCCGUGCCCUGCUCAGGGCUCCAGCCAGGAGGAAGGGAGCAAAUGAUGGAAUCCUGGGCCGCAGGAAUUCUGCAAGGACCCUGCCCCUCAAGGCAUCCAUAGUCAGGGGGCAGGAGCUGAAAACGUGUCCAAAGUCUACCCAGGUCACGUGAGACCCCUCUUCUCCCGGCACUUCCCUGCCUCACUGUUAGCAGACAUUAAAGUUCUUGAAGUGUUUGUCAUGAAUCUUAGAAUAAAGUGAUGUUUGUGAAAGAUGA